UCGUCUUUUUAAGGAGACGAUGGGUCACCAGUGACUGAAUUAGGAUUUGGUGAAUCGCCAGAGAUAGAAAGAGAGAGAGAGAGAGACCGACAGCGUCAAGCGGUUACGAAGGAAAGGUGGAGGACGCUUUUGGAGAAGCAUUUUCCUCCCGGAUUCACCUCAGCGGUCUGUGCAGAUCCGCCGGAACCCUUUCUCCGCCGCAUGCAAUGCGGCGGAGAUAGAUAAUUCUGCUUUCGCGAUUCCACUUAUCCGAUCAUCGGUCUCCGGCCGCCGGCGGGAACUCUGCGUUUUGAACCCCAGCAAUCGUUCUUCUAUAUUUAUUGGGUUGUGAUUGGAAGGCCGAAGCAUCGCCUGGGAUGGGGGUUUAUGAGCUUGUCAAGGAUGAUGAAUGCGCCGUCGCCGAUCCUAUUCAAAAUCUCUGCGAUCUCGAGGAGGGGUUUGCUUCCAAGAAGUCGGUGGAAUCAGGCAAAAAUUUGGUGGGGAAAGCCGCCAAAUCUUCGAUAGCUGGCUCCGUCGCGCCUCUCAAGAAAUUGGUCGGCGAUGUCGGCUGUCCUCCGUCUUCCGCCGCGAGAAACCCUCGUCUCGUGUCCCUCGAUGUUUUCAGGGGAAUUACUGUAGCGCUUAUGAUUCUCGUAGAUGAUGCUGGCGGUUUUUGUCCUGCCAUCAAUCAUUCACCAUGGAAUGGAGUAACCAUUGCUGACUUUGUUAUGCCUUUCUUCCUAUUUAUCGUUGGUGUUUCCCUGGGACUGACUUUUAAGAAUGUUUCCAAUAGAAUAGCUACAACUAUGAAGGUUGUACUUAGAGCGCUGAAAUUGAUCACUAUUGGUCUUUUGCUUCAAGGUGGCUAUUUUCAUGGUAUUCGCAGCUUAACUUUUGGUGUUGAUUUGCAACGUAUACGCUUGAUGGGAGUACUUCAGAGAAUUGGCAUAGCCUAUCUAUUGGUAGCAGUAUGCGAAGUUUGGCACAGAAGUGAUGCCUUGGUGGAUUCUGGAUAUUCCCUAAUGAAGAAAUAUCGAACACAACUUUUGGUUGGAGGAGUGCUAACUGCUACGUACGUAUAUCUUCUGUAUGGCUUGUUUGUUCCUGAUUGGGAGUACCAGAUACCACUGCAGGAUGGCAUAACAAAGUUUUAUUCAGUAAAAUGUGGAGUGAGGGGUGAUACUAGUCCCGCUUGCAAUGCGGUUGGGAUGAUCGAUCGCAAAAUAUUGGGCAUUGAGCAUCUGUAUAAACGGCCAGUUUAUGGAAGAACUCAGCAAUGCAGCAUUAAUUCUCCCUACAGCGGCCCACUUCCAUCGGAUGCUCCUUCAUGGUGUGAGGCUCCCUUCGACCCUGAAGGACUCCUCAGCACCAUUAUGGCUGUUGUCACUUGCUUAAUCGGGCUUCAGUUUGGGCAUGUCAUUGUGCACUUCAAGCAUCACAAGGACCGGAUCUUGCACUGGAUGAUCCCCUCCUCCUGUCUCCUCGCCUCUGCCUUCUGCCUUGACUUUUUUGGCAUGCAUAUGAACAAAGCUCUGUACACCGUCAGUUACACAUGCGUUACAGCUGGUGUAUCGGGAUUUCUCCUGGCUGGAUCCUAUUUGCUGGUGGAUGUAUACGGAAUUAGGAGACCAAUGCUCGCAAUGGAGUGGAUGGGAAAGCAUGCGUUGGAGAUUUUUGUGCUAAUGGCAUGCAACAUACUGCCCAUUUUUAUUCAGGGCAUCUACUGGAAGGAGCCUGGAAAUAAUCUGCUGAGGUUGAUUGGGAUUGGAUCGUAAGUUAAUAAUAUUUAUGGAAAUCCGAACAACAUACCGCCAGGAUUUUAUUUAUACAUUCCACCCGGGAUCUGCGGGGUUGCCGUUACGCCCACCUAUAGAUUGCAUGAAGCCCAGUUUAACACAAUAAUAAUACAUGUAAUAUUAUUAUUAUGAAAGUGGGGCCGACUCUCGUUUGUUCACAGAUAUAAUAUGUGCUCCAUCGUCCGAUGUAUUACUCUCUCUCUGGUCUGUUCUUCCUUGUCCGAGUUUGUAAAGAGCGCUUCCGAGAAGCGAACCGCCACUUGAUAUGUAUUAUUCAAUAAAAUUUCUAUUAAAAGUGUUCCAUGCUCUCUGCGUUAUCUGUUGUGUACCACUAACUGACAUUCUUGACCACCGAAAGCUGAAGCCCCUGAAUGCUUUAUGUAUAUU